AUGACAACCACAACAACGUCGCUUCCAAAGCAUGUCAAAAAUUUAGAAGGCACAAAAAAUACACUUACGACGCUUUCUCUUGAACAAGCUUCCUAUGAUGAUAAAGGUCUCAUUAAAUCCCCACAAGAAAUGAACUCCUCUUCUUCAAAAGAGGAUGAAAAUGCAAAGGAUGAAAACGCAAAAGAUGAAAAUGCCAUGGAUGAAAAUAUAAAAAAUGAAAAUGUCAUGAAUGGAAAUACAAAAGAUGAAAAUGCCAAGGAUGAAAAGCAAAACUCAAACCUUGAUCGGAAAACGACGAUAGACAAGAAACUUUCCGCUGCGGUUACCGAGGUGAUGAAAGCUGAUGAUGUUAAAGUUGCUACUAAAAUUGAAAAUAAUGGUGAAUUGGUUGUCAAGAAUGAUUUUAAUAUGAGUGAGAUUACAAAAUAUCAGAUAGUUUCUGUCAUGGAAUCUUUGACGAAUGUGCCUGAAGAAGAUAUUACUUGUACUGUUGUUCAAACUUUUGUUACAAGAUCAGCCGUAUACCUUGGUGAUUAUAAAAUUCUCAAAUAUGGUGAAACUACUGCUGAAUUGGAACUUCAUUUAAAAGCAAUGUCUGCAGUAGUUCAUGUAGCUUCCAGGUCAAUUUCAAUGUUAGAACAAGAAACUCGUGAACGUCUCUAUAAAAGCAUGGCUAGAUUCUGGGAUGCAUCACAACGUACAUCCGCUAAAAUAAAUCCAAAUAUAACAUUCUAUCUUCGUGAAAUUAGAUGUUGUUUGAAAAAAAUCAAAGAUGAUCAAACAAAAUUGGAAUAUGCGGGAGAAUGGUAUGACAAAUGGAGAGUAAUUCUUGAAGAAUUCCAUGAGUUAAAACAAAAUCCUGAAGGUUAUUCUGAAUUUUGGACGAAGCUGUACAAUAUAGCACGUGAAGAAUUUAAACAAAUUAGAGGAAGGAGAACGACAAUUGCUGUAAAAAAUGUCAAAUAUAAAGUUCUUAAACGUGGAAGUGGAGUAUUUCUUUGCUCAUUACCCGACAAUGUUGAUACUUUAUUAAUAGGUUAUCUAAUUUUAAUGGAACGUUUGGUGAUAGAAUUUCCACAAUCAUCUGAAUCAAAGAAUAAUUAUUCAAUUACUUUACUUGAAUUUUGUCAAGAAAUUCUUGACGCGGAUGUUAAGAAGCAAUUAUCAGCCAAAGCAGUCGAGGUUCUUUUGAUUAUUCAAGAACUAGUUGAUGUGGUUCAUGGUUCAAAGAUAGAAGAUCAUUUGAAUACAUGGGGUAUGGGUAAAGGAAAACAACGACAAUUGAUUUUGGAUCAAAUUAAAAUUCUCAAGGAAGAUAGAAAAAAGAUUUUAAAAACCAUUGAAACUGCACGUGCUGACUAUGAAAAAGAUAAACUUCGUCAACAAUCUUAUAAUGUUCCAACAACAACUUAUAAUAUUGAACAAAAAGUGGAAAUUGGUAGUCAUGUGGAAACUCAAAACGUCACCAAUAUUGAGAAUAUUGAUACAAAAAUCGAAAAAGUUGAAACGAUGAACGUUGAGAAUACGACUAUUGAAAGGCAAUUUAUUGAAAAUAUUGAAAAUAAAAUUGAUGUAGAAAAUCAGUAUGUUGAGAAUGUUGAAACUAAGGUUGAAACUAAAAUAGAGAACGUAAAUGUUAACGUUGAAAAGAGUGUUGGUGUUGAGAAUCAAUUAGUGGAAAAUAUUGAAAACAUUGAAAAUUUAGAGAACGUUGAAAGAGUCGAAAACACACAAUAUAUUGGUACUCAAAACGUUGAGAAUGUAAAAGGUACAAAUACAAAGAUUAAGAGCAUUAAUGUUGUAGAAGAAUUAGAUUCACAAAAUCUAUGUGUUGAAACCAUAGAAACUGUUCAAACGAUUAACAUUAAUAAUUAUGAGACCAAAAAUAUUAACGAGAUAAAGAACAUUAAUGAAAUUAAUAAUACAACAAAUGUAGAAAACAUAAAUAAUCAAAUUAUUAGCGAAGUUACACAUGAAACGAUAGUACAAAGUACGAUCAUACAACAGGUAAUUCAACCUGAGGAAAGACAGCCCCAUUGGUUGGACAAUGUAGUGGCUGUGAUUAAAGAUGUUGAAAAACGAGUAUUAGGUGUAGAUGGAUCAAAUAGAAGGAGUAUAUUGUUUCCCAAUCAUGAUGAUAAUGGAAAAAGGAUGAGUAUGCUUUUUUCCAAUAAUGACGAUGAAGCAAAAAGAAUAAGUACAUUAUCCACUAAUAAUGAAGCAAAUAGAGAGAGUCUAUUGUCCACUAGUGAUGACAAUGACGACGAAGAUAAGAGGAAGAGUACAGAAUUGUCCAAUAAUAAAGAUGACGAAGCAAAUAGGAAGAGUGUAUCUUUACCCGAUAAUGAAGAAGUGGCUAAUAAUAGCACUUUUUCAUAUCCAUAUCAAUACGCUGUCGCGCCCAAUAUGCGAGGAACGGACGCGAUCGACGGACGC